GAACAGCUCAAGUUGCAUAACUAGGUGGAGAGGCAGGCUCAGCAUAAAAGGUCCUGCUGGAGUGUGCAGUGAGUCCACAGUGGUCAGACCAGGACCAUGGAGCCCAGUGUCCUGCUCCUCCUCACUCUCCUCGUGGGCUUUGUACUGCUCCUGGUCAGGGGCCACCCAAAAGCCCGUGGCCACCUCCCACCAGGACCACGUCCACUGCCCCUCCUGGGAAACCUCCUGCAGAUGGACAGAGGAGGCCUCCUCAACUCCUUCAUGAAGCUUCGAGAAAAAUAUGGAGAUGUGUUCAUAGUGCACCUGGGACCGAGGCCCGUGGUCAUGCACGGAGGCCAUAAGGGAGGCUCUGGUGGACCAAGCUGAGGCUUUCUCUGCCUGGGGGACAAUUGCUGUGGUUAGACCAGUCUUCAAGGACUAUGGUAGGAGUCUCAAAGUUUGGGUUGAGGUGGGCUGGAGAAUGGGCCCAGAGAUGCCUUACACUGAGGCUGUCAUCCACAAGAUUCAGAGAUUUUUCAGAUCUAGUCCCGAUUGGUGUGCCACACAGGGUUACCAAAGACACUUUGUUCCGAGGGUACCUGCUCCCCAAGGUAAGAUCAGCUGCGAUUCCACAUCUCUACUCUAUGAUCACCCUCCACUCACCUCAUCACCAACCUCAGCCUGUUUGUGGUUUCCUACAUUCUGUCUUUCUCAGGGACUGACAGUUUGCAGAUGGGAGUCAGGGUAUGCUAAUAUCUUUGUGUCUCAU